AUGAGUCUCAAUUAUCAGACAUUAAUACUCUGUGAAGCGCUGGAGUGCAUGCGGCAGCUGCCGAUGGAGACUCUCCUGGAAGCUGCGUAUGCCUUCGAGUUGACCAUCGAAUCGUUUGGGGGGUUUGACGUCUUCAUUCCCACCUCGCCCUCUUCCUUCAUUCCCGAUAGCCCGUCGACGCUGCUCAAGACCGGCCGGUUUGUGCGCAACAUCGAUAUCCUCUCCGGCUGGACAGAGAAUGACGGCUCGCUGUGGACGUCGACAGACCUGGCUUACGAUUUGGACGUGGCCGACUUCUUUGCCGCAUCCUACCCGGGUCUCACCAACGCCACGAUCCAGAAAGCCAUGGCCCUCCAUCCCCUGUCCCAGUUCGCUAACAAUACCACCCUCGACCCGGCCAUUUCCGCGCAGUACUUCCGUGCCAGCCAGAUGCAGCGCGACCUCAUGAUGACCUGUGUGAGCCUGCUGACAGUUCAGACGAACACCGAGUACGGCGGCGACAAGGUCUCCAACUACCUCUAUGCACUGAACCAGACCGUCUUCGCCACUUUUUUCGACCUGGAGGGUGUCCCAUACUACGGCGUCCCGCAUUUCAGUGAAAUCCCGUACGUUUUCGACAACCUGGCCGAGGGCGAGUUCGCCGCCGUGGCCACUGCCUCAGACUACGAGCUCGCGUCCGCCAUGAGCGCCAGCUAG